AUGAAGGAGCAUGCCAAAGACAGAGUGCCGGCCAAGAUAUUCAAGCCGUUUCCCCGAGUCGUAAAGUUUACCAACUAUACCCCCCUCACAGUCUCCAUUGUAGAAGUUUAUCAGCAGAUAGCUGAGAAGGAAAUUUUGUCGAAGCCCCAACCUCUAAAGGACAGAACCGGAGGAAACAAGAACCUUUAUUGUGACUAUCACAAGGGCUAUGGACAUAAAAUACAGGAUUGUUUUGACCUGAAGGACGCAUUGGAGCAAGCGAUCCGGGAUGGGAAGCUCUCCGAAUUCUCCCACCUCAUCAGGGAGCCGAGAAGACGGGAUCGCAACCGAGAAGGAGACGACAAGAGCUGCGCGGUGAAGCGACGUCACGAGCCCGAGGACCAUGAGCACGGUCUUACUAUAGUAAACGUGGUAAUCAGAAGAGACGCGACUACAAGGUCGAAGUCGGCGCACAAGAAGGACGCCAAAGUCCUGGCGGUCUCGUCAUCCAUCCCUGCGCCAAACUCCAAGAGGACUCCACCCAUAUCGUUUGGUCCAGAGGACCAAUGGUUUGACGAGGUCACUGAAAACCCUCCGAUGGUCAUCACGGUCAGAGUGGGAACUGGCCUGAUUAAGCGGAUCCUCGUAGACACCGGUGCCGACUCGAAUACCAUGUUCCGCAACGUGUUCGAUGCUUUGGAUCUCCGGGAUGCCGAUUUAAGGACUCACCAGCAUGGUGUAGUAGGGUUGGGCGACCACUUUAUCAAACUCGAUGGGAUAAUCUUCCUACCGGUAUCCAUAGGACUGGGACAGGGGAAAAGGUCGGUAAUGGCAGAGUUCAUGGUUUUGCAAGACUCCACGGCUUACAACGUCAUCCUAGGAAGAAAGACUAUCAAUGAUCUCGGGAUAGUGAUCAGUACAAAAAUGUUGAUAAUGAAGUUCAUCGCUGACGACGGAUCUGUGGGAUCUAUCAAGGGAGACUUGGAAACGGCAGUCGCAUGCGACAAUGCCAGUCUCUCCUUAAGGAAGAAAUCCAAAGAGGCAUCGAGAGUAUUCCUCGCCGACCUGGACGCCAGGGUCGACGACAAGCCUAGACCCGAGCCGGAAGGAAAUUUAGAAAAGUUCAGGGUUGGCGACUCCGAGGGAAAUUCACCUUCGUGA